UGUGUUUUAACAAGUUCCUUUGCUAUCUUUGAUUCCAAAAAAUAUACAAAGCUGACGUCAUUAGUGAUUAUUAAAUUUACCAAUAAUCGUAUUUAGUAAACUUGUCCGUCUUGAUUAUUUAAAGUACAUAAAAAGUUAUCUUCACUAAAAUGUCUUCUGCAUCUGAAACCAAAGCGGAAGAUAUAUCCAGUACUUCGUAUGGUUUCUUUGAUGAGAACAUUUUAAUAUAUAUUCCUAUAAAUUUGCUAUUGAUUGUUAUUUUUUUUGGUUUGAUUUACAAAACAUACCGCAAGUUUACUAAGGGGCCAACGGAAAUUGCUCCUGUGGAACUUCCCAAACUCCGGAAGGACAUGACUGUGGCUGAACUUAGGCAGUACGACGGCACUCAGCCUGAUGGCAGGGUUUUAGUAGCAGUUAACGGAUGGAUAUUUGAUGUAACUCGAGGGAAGCGAUUCUAUGGUCCCGGCGGUCCAUAUGCUGCUUUCGGAGGGAAGGAUGCUUCAAGAGGACUCGCCACAUUCUCUGUGACGUCAUCAGAUAAAGGAUAUGAUGAUCUCAGUGAUCUCAAUUCAAUAGAAAUGGAAUCAGUUAAAGAAUGGGAAGCACAGUUUAGAGAGAAAUACGAGUUAGUCGGGCGACUUCUAAAACCCGGGGAAGAGCCUACGAACUACUCAGACGAAGAAUUAGAAGAAACAGACAAUUCUAUAAGCAAUCCUGACAAGAAGAAUGAAUAGGAUCCAUGUCUGCCCGCCACACAUAUUCAAUUGUUUGUCAUUAGACGAUGCUAGUUAGAUUUAUGUAAUAAUUUGCUGCAUAUAAGAAGGUUCGGAGGUAAAGCGCAGAUUUUACAAAACAACUGAUAGGCUUUAUAUAGCGUGUCAAUGAAUGGACAUGUUUUAGGUGUCUAAAAAGGCCUGCACACAAAUGGGACAAGAUUCGGCGCGCUUGUCUCUUUGUAUAGUAAGACAUUUAAAAAUGUAUCAUAUAACGCAAGCUCCUCAAGCGCCUUUAGCCAUCCGUAUAAUAAAAACAUAUGUCGCGAACUGUCGUCUGUUGUGUGUACAGGCCCUAAAUGGUAUAUCAGCCAACAGAUUGCUGGUAAAACCUACGAACGAACAAUUUGAAUGGGAUUGUGAAGCAGGUGGCUGUACAAGUUUCAUGCUAUUGUUUGAAUAUACUUCAAUGAGCACGCCCGCCACGUUUGUAAUACACGUGUCCAGACAUGUUUAACGUGUAAUAUAUGUAAUGUAUGUUACAUUAUAUAUAUAUUACUACUAGUAGUAUUCAGACAUUACGAUCAAUGCAGUUAAAAACUAAAGCAUGUUUACAAAACUACCCUUAUAUUUUUUUUUAAUAUGAGUUCUACAAAUAUCAUUAUAACAUUCAACUAACUAAUGUAUUAUCAUGCCCUUUAAGCUACAUCGCUAGUACAAGCCAUGAAAUUGAUAUAAGUUAUCGAUAUUCGCUUCAAUAACUCAUAUCUAUAUGUUUACAUGAGUUUCAUAUUAGAUAAAAGGGAUCUAGUAAAAGCUCUCCAAAUUGCAUUGAAAUGGUCAGAGUAAUCGCACGUAAAUUCAGAUUAAUAUCACUGAAUUGCUAAUUGUUAUUUCAAAAUAUAAGGUAUUUACCACAUUUUACAAAAUCUUAAUCAAGAUCAAUAUCAAAGGAGAAGAAUUAAUCUAAAUUAUAAAAAAACCAUUCGGACAUAUCCCCAGUAUUGAUUGAUUAAUAACCCUAAAAAAUCGGUUAAAAUACGUAAACUACCCAAUAAACUGGUUAAAGUAUUCAUACAUAUACUGAUUUAGUAUUAUUUAUAUUAAUAUUAUUAUAUAGAGAAAAUAUAUAGAAAUAAAAAAACUUGAUAUGGACAGUACAACUGUAGGUUGGUACCUAAUGUCUGAACUGUUCUUUUCUAAUUAUUAUUGAUUAUCUUCAUACAAUCGUAUAGCAUGAUACUUCUACACCAUCAAAUAAGCCUUUUAGAGUGAGUUGUCUGUGAGAUUUGUUGUAUAUAUGAAAUCUGUUGUAUUAAUUUCACUUUUAACUGUUGCUUAUUGCAGUAUUUUGGAUAUAUAUUAUAUAUAUACAGUUUCAUAAAUUGAAAGACUGAGUGCAAGCAUAUUAAGUUGAUUAAGAUAUUAAGGCAUGUAAUUAAAAUGAAAAACAGUUGCACAUUCCUCUGUUAGCGACAAUUUGUUUUUUUCGUAUCAAUUUUUUCUGAUGCAAUGUAUAGUGAGAAUAUUCUAUUAGUGAUUGUAUGAUGUUUUGUUUGACACAAAGUUGUCGGUAUUUUAGUCUAUUCUUAUAUUACGAUACUUAGACUGGUUUAUAUUUGGAUUCGAGGUCACAUUGGAAUAGUAAUUUGCAUACUUUGUUACCAGUAUCCUGCCGACUGCACGCGAUGUAUGACUUGUCUGUCGUUUGCAUAUUGUAUUUCUAAUUACUCAGGUCUUAAAUGAGCAUAAUUAUGUACAGGAAUAUAUCUUAUCCCUGUAUUAAGUUACGACUGUAUUUUUAUGUUUUUUUUACAUACAGAUCUCACCAUUAUUUACCCGCAUAAUGCAAGCGUUUGUUUUAUUUUUUUCUCUUCUUUAUAUGUAACUCUCUGUCAAUCUGCCUCUAUUUGCAAUUGCUUCAACCACUCUUUACUAUGAAAUUAACGGCAGUAUUAUUAUACGCCGCCGUCAGUUUCAUAGUAAGAGGUUUAUCAAAACAUUUUUUUGUCGUUUAUAUAUAACACGAGGCAAGUUAUUAAGAAAAAUGAACUGUUUUCACUAGAAUUAUUCAGUAUUAAAUACUUUCUUUAGUCGCUUAUGCGUUGCAAAUGGUAUAACAUAUUUCUGUUAACAUACCUAAUAGUUUGAAACCUCGAGUCGCGUAUUUUUGACUGAAAAAUCGUACUCUACCAGUAUCGUAAUUUAAGAAGCCCCUUACAUGAGCGUAUACAAUUCCAACGAACCUGAUAUUUAUUUCACUGUUACUGGUCUAAUGGUUGUUUUGCAAUUUAAAUGCCGACCUAUUAUGAUCUAUGCAUGUUUUCCUAAUGUUGCCAUUUAAAUACAUUUUGUUGCAUCGAGCUUACUAAAUAAUGCAGCAAGCGUUUCAAUUAGCAUACAUUUGUUGUACACUUUAAUAAGAGAUUUUAUUAUUGACCUGGGCGAUCACCCACUUGACUAUUGGUACUUAACACUGUUAAAUAAAUUAUAUGUUGCAAGCAAUGAUAAAAAUACAAAAAAUAUCUAAGGAAAUGUGCAUAAUACGUUGUUUAUGCGUAGUUAAGUGUGAAUCUUAACGUGUUCAGACCAACAGUAAAGUAUAUGGAGCACAUACAAUGAAUGUAAACAUAUUGGUUUAUAAAUUGAGAGGAAGUGUUGCCAUUUUUUAUGUAGGUAUAUAUAUUUUAUUUCUUAAGUAGAGUAAAGAAACUAUAAGAGACGCACAGAACAUUAAUUGUUACAAUGCACUUAGCAUUGUAACAAUUAAUGUUGGAAAAAAUAUUUUCAAGUAUCUAAAAUAAAUUGCUCUUUCAUAAUUAGAGUUUAUUUGAUACUACAUUUGAGUUAAAAAAACAUUUAAAAUAUUCAUUAUGGCUUUAAAAAUGAGUAUAAUUGGUGGCAAAUAUUUGUAUGAACGUGUUUAUUUAUUAAGAGUAUGGUUUUUGCAUGGUUAUCUUCAUUGUACGUAGUGCUCCAUAUGACUUUACAUUGUUGAUCUGUUAACGUGUCGUUGUGUUACGGUGUGUGUUUUAGAUAUAUUUUGUUUGUAUUACCCUUAUUUAUCGUAAGUAAUAUGAUAUUUCAGGCCAGUGCUUUUCACUACACUUCGCUACUACUAUCACAAUUUUAACUUUAUCUCUGUUACUAAAGUACAAAUCGUUAACACCUUUGUAUAUGUCUAAAAUAUUUAUUUCUUACGAUAAAAUUGUUAGUUUGUUGUAAACGUUUAUUGUUUUUUUUUUAUAUUAAAUUAUGUUAGUAUUUUAAGGUGUUUGGUGAAUGAUUUUGUAUGACAAGGGUUCAGGGGUUUUCGGUACCAUCAGUAGAUUCAGUAUGUAAUGUUCAUGAGUAUCUCUGAGUCUCCAUUUUACCACUAUGCACUCGUAAUUAUGCUUUAGAAAGUUCGCAAUCGGAAUUAGCCUAACGGUUGAGAUGCAAUGUGCCUUGCAUGGGGACAUAGGAGCGCAACGAUAAAACGACCGAUGUCCUCCGUACGGGGACAUACGAGUGCAAAGGGUUGUGAGCUUGUGUCAUAUAAACAUAUACAAACUGAAUUUGUGAGUUUCUUUAUGUUAAAUGAACUUGGGUUGACAGUAUCAUGGACAAAUGUACUAUUAUUGGCAAACUCAAGUAACUUGUAUUGUACAGUAUUAUAUAUACCAUGUAAUUUAUAAAUUGGUGUUUGUUACGCUAUACCUACCUGUUAGUGGACUGUAUUAUGUUAGUGGAUUUUAUAAACCUUUUUUAUCGGUAUUGAAACUGUGAUUAGAAUAAAACUGUUUUGAAAGUGAAAGUAAUUAAUAAUAAUUUAUUAUGUUGUAUGGAUUCAGAACUAUCAACGUUAUACUCCUGAACGGGUGUUGCUUGUAUCUGGUCUUAUACCUAUUGUACGACCAAUUUAUUUUGUUAUUCAGAUAACUAUUUAUUUACUUAUGUCAAUCGUGAUGGCUACGUUUCGAAUGAGUAUAAUAAAAAAAUAUGAUUAUUCAGAACUGCUUAUAUUAAGUUUAUUUGAAUAAAGAUUAUUCUUAUUUCAACAAAGAGGGCGAGAAAUAGAACUAAAAACUGCUAGAACAGUAUACAGAAUUGGCUACUUGACAAUUUUCUGAAAAAUAUUUUAUAAUUUUUGUAGACUUAUUUAAAACCCCCCUACAAUUUUAUUCUCUUGGUUUGAAUUUCGCGCUAAAACACUAUGUCACGUGACAUUUCCGAACUAUGACGUCAUAUUUCAAUAAACGAAACAAGGCUAAUACGGCGCUCUAACUGUUUUGAGUGAUAAGUAUACAGAUUUUAUUGGAAUUGCGAAAGUGACAAGCUACAAAACGUAUGCUGUGCUUAUGUGUCGAAGUACGACAAUUAAAUAUCCAACAAAUUAUUUGAAAAUAUUAUUUAUUAUUAUUAAACAAAGAUUCCCAACAAUUUGCAUUAUCCGUUUUAAUAUAGCCUAACUCCAUUUCGUGAAACUUUAGACAACACAAAUUGAAAUAUUUGAGCGAUUUUAGCAGGAAACUAUAGAACAAAUGACAUAAGAUUGCUUAACAACGUUUUGUUUAUUGAAUUUUGACGUCAUACGAUGAUCAAUCAUGGACUCUCCAUGUCAACCACAGAUAAAAAAAACUCACAUUUAUUUUCCAAAAAUAAAAUAUUAAUAAUGUUUUUUAAUGCAAAAAACAUAUUGUAUGCUUACUGUUUACUUACUUACUAUUUACUGAAAAAAUAGUUUUCAUUUUUUAUUUCUACAAGUGUCAAAUUGUUCGGGUGUUGUGACUGGAAUCUGGAACAUAUGAAUAGAUAUAACAAAAUAUCUGGUUACAAAAAAUAUCUUUUUCUUAGAAGAGAUGUAAUAUAAGAUUAAUUUUGAUCAUCUUUUGCUUUAUAAAUGACAUCCUAUCAGUUUUCAAUUGAUUAUUUAUCCCAUUAUUUGGGGUCGGUGCAGUAUGCCCUCUAUAUAUUAUACACAAGUAAAAAUAAAAAUACAAAACACGCGCUACGUAUACAAUGCGAGGUGUGGAAACGCUAAUUAAUUUAAUAAUAAAUCAACGUGAAUAGGAGAAGCGAGAAUUGGUCGUAUAACUCAGUCCACGUACAACACAUCCUUGUCGAAUAGUGUACGUUUAAGUACUAAGUUCUGAGUUUGAAAUGCAAUGAAGAUCAUGAAAAAUAUGUAUUUAAGGAGCUUGUUAAACAGAAAUAAAUAUGUUUACUGUGCAAAUUUCUGUGAUUUCAGGUAUAUUAAUCAAAAAUAUUUGGUUAAUUCUGGUCUAUCCCGGGCUAUUCAGUUAUCGGUGCGCACCUACUAGUCAGUACAUCACACUUUGAUGAUAGUAAAUUAUACAAAUACUAACAUCGAAUUUAUUAUAAAAUUAAACUCUUGCCAACACACUUGUUUCCUUGCCUCGAUUGAAGAAUG